UAACCCAUGCCAAACAACCGCUCUAUAUAAAGAUCUUCAAAUUGAUAAAAGAUAAAGAGCUUGAGAGACUCAUCAGAGAGCUAUACAAUGGAUAGUGUGGUUCAGUUGCAAAGACAGUUGGCUGACUACACAACUUCCUUGUACAAUGAGGGUAUUUUGGAUGAACAGUUCACUCAACUUCAACAACUGCAAGAUGAGAGCAAUCCAGAGUUUGUGGUUGAAGUUGUAUCUCUCUUCUUUGAAGAUUCUCAGAGGCUUCUCAAUGAAGUAACCACAGCUUUGGAUCAACAGAGUGUAGAUUUCACAAAGGUGGAUGCCCAUGUUCACCAAUUGAAGGGUAGUAGCUCUAGCAUUGGAGCACAAAGAGUUCAAAAGCUCUGCAUUUUCUUCCGCAACUACUGUGAGGAUCACAAUAUUGAAGAGUGCCGAAAAUGUCUCCAACAAGUAAGGAUUGAGUACACCCUUGUGAAGAACAAGCUUCAAACUCUGUUCAAACUCGAGCAGCAAAUUCUAGCCGCUGGUGGGUCAAUUCCUACGCGAUGAGAGGCAAAGAAGCCAAAUCAAGAGAAGAGAGCGAAAUGGGGGUUCAGAAUUUGUAGAGAAAUUUCACUAUUUUUGGUUUUGAAUCUUUUGAGCUUGAGCAUGUUCUGUAAUAACAAAGGUAUGAGCCAUGAUGGAGAUUGUGAAUAAACCAUUUCACUUCUUUUAUUGAUCAUCAUAAUUUUCUCUUUUUGAUUUG